AUGGCUUCCCUGACAAACCUGGGAAAUGAAGAUGAUGCCAAUGCAGAUCUGUGCAAUUUCAUAGUUCUGACAUUUCGAGCUUUGUUUGGGUACCGCAAGACUCUGCUUACAUUGUUAGUGUCUAUGGUGUGGAUUGCUACGAUCGUUUUAUCAGCCAUUGACAAUUCCUUGAUGAUGGUACCCUUACCUAAUGACACAAUUGAAAAAAACGUUUUGGAGCGUGCCUGGUUGGACAUUCAAAUCAUCGGUUCUCGCCACCAUUCUUAUGCUCAGAGUGGAAACGAUGCAACACACAAGUAUAUCGAGAGUGUCAUCCAUAAAGCACUCAAAAGAAGCCCUCAGAACUUUGUGGACGUUGACAAUGAUUCGAAUGCUACUAGCGUGGAAAUGUGGGCGGAGGGUUCUACGGUGAACUACUAUGAGUCGAACAACGUCGUAGUGCGGGUCAAUGGUACAAAUUCGAAAUUGAAAGCUUUAUUGUUAAGCGCACAUUUUGACUCAGUUCCUCUGAGUUAUGGAGUUACCGACGAUGGAAUGGGUAUAGCACUGAUGUUGGGUGUAUUGUAUUACCUUCUUCAAAAUGGGGUCCAACCAAAACGUACAGUCAUAUUCAAUUUCAACAACCAUGAAGAGUUUGGUUUGAGUGGAGCUCGCACUUUCAUAUCGCACCCUUGGUUCAAAGAAGUCGGCUACUUUCUCAAUUUGGAGGGAACGGGUGCAGGUGGUAAGGCGAUCCUUUUUCGCGGUACGGAUUACGAGAUGGUUAAUCUGUUUAGGGUUCGCUAUCCUUAUGCUAACUCUUUAUUCCAACAAGGUUUUGCAAAUCGUUUAAUUCGCAGUGAAACUGAUUAUAAAGUGUACAAAGAAAUUGGGGGAUUGAGAGGUUUGGAUCUCGCAUUUUACAAGCCUCGAGAUAUUUACCAUACAACUGAAGAUAACAUACGGCACGCAAAUAAGCGAUCGUUAUGGCAUAUGUUAUCGAAUGCACUUGACUUCACGCUCGAAUUUUCGAGCAGGACUGGGGAACUUGGCGACGAGAAUGCCGAGCUGACAGAUCCAGCCUUAUACACAAGUUUUUUGCGAUUUUUUUUUGUUUUAUCUGCCAGAAAGAGCAUUCAAAUGGGGCUCUUAAUAGCAGUUGUGUUUCCCUUUGUUCUGGGAUUGUUGUUUUUUGUCGUGCUCCAUAAACAAAGCUGGAGUUUCAGUAUGAUAGAUGUGAUCAAGGUACCAUGCCUGUUGGUGAUUCUGGCUUUGGGUACAAAGUUUGUGGAGGAUAUUUUCAUAGAAAACACUAAUCCGCUUGUCCCAAACGUUGCCAAAACAGAGGUGCUUUUGACACUUUUUGCAGUAUUCAUCAUUUUGAAUUACAUUUUACUUAAUUCGAUUAAUUGGAUCACUCGCCUGCGUCGCCUGACUAAUCAUGAUGAGAAAUUGGUUGUAAUUCUCGAGUUGGCUGUGGUUUGGUGGGUUUUGAUGAUGUAUUCAAUUGUCAAAUUAAAUCAAAACAAGCCGUUGGAUGAUCAUACAGGUGAGUUUUUUAUUACAAUCGUGUAUGUCUUACAACUGGCAGCUGGGAUUGUCGGACUCUUAGGGUGGUCAUUUUGUAAACGUCGACAAGUCAAUGAGGUACCCAAAGUUACUCAAGAGAAUAGAUUGGCUGACUCCGAGUCUGACCAUUUGCUUGCCAGCAAUGAUGCGGAGUAUGGCGCCACUGAGGACGUUCAUCAGUCAAGUGGGCAGUCUCUGCUCUUGACAAAUGUUAAAGCUGACUCUGAUUCAUUUUCAUAUGAGAGGAAAAGUCACAGCUAUGAUUGGUGGGCUCAGUUUCUUCUUACAGUUGCUGUGCCUCUGUAUCUCAUUUAUAAUUCAGGGUGGUUGGUGCUUGAUGGUCUCGCCAAGCUGGUGCAAGAAUCUCUUGAAUCCCAAGAGCUCGUAUUUCGACUUUGUCGAUGGGCAGCAAUCGCAUGGGCGCUUCCUUUCUUACCAUUUGUUUUCAAACUCAACCGUUUUGUCGUGUACUUGCUAUUAGCCCAAAUUGGGACUGGAUUGCUAUAUCUUCUGCUUGUGAACCCAUUCACAACCGAAAAUCCACUCAAAUUGUAUUUUUUGCAAACCCUUGAUUUGGCUGAUAGUGUUUCGAACCAUGUCAACGUUAUUGGACCUCAACAAUCGCACUUGAAGCUGGUUCUUCAAGAUUUGCCUCUGGUAAAAGUGCAGGGUGACAAAGUCAAUUGCGAAUCCCGAAAUGAUGGUUUGUACGACUGUCGCAUCAGGCUGGAACUAUGGCCUGUUUUCGAUCAGAACGUGAAGAGUUACAAAGAUUACAUUAAAGUCGAAGUCUUAAAGAACUCGACGGACGCAACUGGUGCCCCUUUCGGGUUGUUGGUUGGUGAGAUCAAAAUUCAUACUCCCAAAAACCGCUACUGCACUCUAGAAUUUAAUGAGACUGCGACGGGAAGAUAUUAUCGGGAUCAUCCAGUGAAGACCGUUAUUGUGUAUCGCAGUACUGCAAAUCAUACGUCCACAAUUGACCACACUGCCGCUGGAAUUCCAGAAGGAUUUUCCAUUGAUAAGAAUGGUAAUUAUCAAUUCAAGAGGCUCAUUGGGAUUAAUAAGUUGGUGUUGAACAAGCUUGAUUGGGAUAUUGAAUGGCAUCUUGGCUUUCAUUGGGUUCCCAGCAUCUACGACGAUAGUGAAAUGCUAGACGGUCGUGAAUUUGAGAACUUACAUUUCAACGUUGUUUGUCAUUGGGCGGAACUUGAACUGGUUGGUGGUAAAGAGCCUAUUCCUGCAUGGAAAGAGGUGCUCAAAUUUUCCCCUGUAAAUGUAGCAUGGGCAAACCAACAGAAGGGUUUGGUGGCAAUGCGUAAGCUGGUAAGAGUUUGA